AUGGAGAAGGGUCGCGAUGGCGCUGCGGCGCCGCCGCUGAAAAUGCUCGACAGAAAGCGGGGAUGCGCGGCCAACGCCGUGCUCGUCGCCUUCAUCGUCACCGUGCCGUCGAUGGCCAUCCUCUUCGGCGCGCGCUCGAGCGCGUCUGCGUUGUGGAUCGGCUCCGCCAACGCCUCACGUAUAGGAGCGCACGACAGGCUUCUCGGCGGCCUACUUGCCAACGACGGCUUCGACGAGCGAUCCUGCCACAGCAGGUACGAGUUCGCCACGUACCGCCGGAACGCCGGCAGGAAACCCUCCCCGUACCUCGUUACCAAGCUGCGGCGGCACGAGGCCCUGCAAAGACGCUGCGGCCCGGGCACCGCCGCCUACAGCGACGCCGUGGAGCAGCUCCGGUCGGGGAAAAGCCACCCCGGCGCCAUCGGGUCUCCGGAGUGCAGGUACCUGGUGUCCAUAUCGUACCAAGGCCUCGGGAACCGGAUCCUGGCGGCCGCGUCGGCGUUCCUGUACGCGAUGCUCACCGGCCGCGUGCUCCUCGUGGACCCCAGCAACGAGAUGGGCCAGCUUUUCUGCGAGCCCUUCCCCGGCACGACGUGGCUGCUGCCGCCGGACUUCCCGCUGACGAGCUACACCAACUUCAGCAUUGACACCGCCGAGAGCUACGGGAACAUGCUGAAAAACAAGGUGAUCGAUGCCGCGUCGACGACGGCGCAGCAACUGCCGCCGUUUGCGUAUGUCCAUCUCGACCACGACGCCAGCGUGGAAGACAAGUUUUUCUUCUGCGACGAGGACCAGAGGGUUCUGCGGGACAUCCGGUGGCUGGUGAUGAGGACGGACAGCUACAUCGUGCCGGGGCUGUUCCUGGUCACGGGAUUCCAGGAGGAGCUCGGCGUGCUCUUCCCGGAGCCGGACGCCGUGUUCCACCACCUCGGCCGGUACCUGUUCCACCCCAACAACAACGUCUGGGGCUUCAUCACGCGCUACUACGACGCCUACCUCGCGACGGCGCACCAGCGCGUCGGUAUCCAGGUGCGCGUAUUCGGCGCCGACCCGGAGUCGCCGGAGCUGCUGGAACAGAUCACCACGUGCACGCAGAAGGAGAAUUUGCUUCCUGGGUUGCUCGCCGCGGGGAUCGAUCCUCCCGCCGUUCCACCGGCGGCGCCUGCCGGCCGGAAGUUUUCCAAAGCCGUUCUGGUCACCUCGCUCAAGUCGUGGUACUACGACAAGCUCAAGAGCAUGUACUGGGAGCACGCGGCGGCCAGCGGUGAGGCGGUGGCCGUGCACCAGCCCAGCCACGAGGAGUACCAGCUGUUCGGCGCCAGGUCGCACGACACCAAGGCGUGGGCGGAGAUAUACCUGCUGAGCCUCACCGACGUGCUGGUGACUAGCGGAAGGUCGACGUUCGGGUACGUGGCGCAGGGCCUCGGCGGCCUGACGCCGUGGGUAAUGUACAAGCCGGCCAACGGCUCCGUGGUGCCACCAGAUCCGCCGUGCGGCCGGGACGUCUCCAUGGAACCGUGCUUCCACAACCCUCCGUUCUACGGCUGUAGAAUCAAGCAGUGGGUGGACACCGGGAAAAUUGUGCCGCAUGUCCAGCGUUGCAAAGAUGUGAGCUGGGGGUUGAAACUUGUAGGUAGAAAUGAAAGUAAAACUUGCCACAUUGUAGCUCUCCUGGGUUUCCACACCCUAUUCGCACUUGCUUGUUGCCAAUUGCUUGUUGUCAAUUGCUGGCAUGGAGUUAAACGUGCAAUUGCUAGAAAUUGGUCAGCAGACAUGAACCAUUGCUAA